GCCUUUGUUCUCAACCCCUUCUCCUCCUCCGUUCACUUUCUUUUCAUUUUUUCUCUUCUUCUCUCUCUUAGUCCUUUUCAUUUACAACUACCCUUUUCAUAUUUCUCUUUGUUGUUGUUCUUACAAUCCUAUACAUACAUUUCCAUGUCUUCCUCUAGUGUCAAUCAUAUCUCCCAGCCGUGCAUUUAUGGGCACUUUGUUUCUUCACACGCAGAGAGGAAGUCGCGGUUUAUGAAAUGGCUGAGUAAAUUUUUUAGAGGUAGUGGAACUAGUCGAUUAGGAGGUGAGCGUCCGCAGUUUCUUGGAGAAGAAAGCAUGGUUUGGCCUGCUCCUGUUAGAUCUGUGAGUGAUCGCUCUAGAUCUGAAAGGGAGAAAGAGGAACUAGACAGGGCAAUUGCACUUUCCUUGGCUGAAGAUUUAAAAAGACCAAAUGCAGGCAACCGGUGGCGAACAAAGACUGAUGAAGAUCUUGCAAGGGCACUUCAGAAUAACCUAAAUUCGGCAUACCCUCCUUAUGCUCCUAGUCUUCCUAGGGAAUAUCAACCCAGAACAUAUAGAGUAUGUGGUGGAUGCAAUCGAGACAUUGGCUAUGGUAACUAUCUGGGAUGCAUGGGGACCUUUUUCCAUCCUGAAUGCUUUUGUUGUCGUGCAUGUGGUUCCCCAAUUACUGAGCACGAGUUUUCUUUGUCAGGAAAGGAUGCUUAUCAUAAGUCCUGCUUCAAAGAGCUAACCCAUCCUAAAUGUGAAGUUUGUCACCAAUUUAUUCCAACAAAUGGUGCUGGUCUAAUUGAGUAUAGAUGCCACCCAUUUUGGUCCCAGAAAUAUUGUCCCUCUCAUGAGCAUGACAAUACAGCCCGUUGCUGUAGUUGUGAACGUCUGGAGUCGUGGAAUGCAAGAUACAUUUCUUUAGGAGAUGGACGGAGUUUAUGUUUAGAGUGCAUGGAAUCUGCUGUAAUGGAUACUGGCGACUGCCAACCUCUCUACCAUGCCAUUAGAGAUUACUAUGAAGGCAUGAACAUGAAACUAGACCAGCAAAUUCCUAUGCUUCUAGUUGAGAGACAAGCCCUAAAUGAAGCUAUUGUAGGCGAGAAAAAUGGUUUCCAUCACAUGCCAGAAACAAGAGGCUUAUGCCUGUCUGAAGAGCAGACUGUCACUAGUAUACUCAAACGGCCAAGAAUUGGAGGUCACCGCCUUGUAGGAAUGAGAACACAACCUCAAAAGCUGACUCGAAGAUGUGAAGUUACUGCGAUACUUGUUUUGUAUGGUCUCCCAAGAUUGCUAACAGGUGCCAUUCUUGCUCACGAGCUAAUGCAUGGCUGGCUACGUCUUAAAGGCUACCGCAACCUAAACCCCGCAAUAGAGGAAGGGAUAUGUCAAGUACUUUCUUACAUGUGGCUGGAAUCAGAGGUCAUGCCUGGGUUCAGAAAUACAGCAUCAACAUCGGCAGCUUCAACCUCAGCACCAUCAUCGUCCUCCUCCUCCUCGUCCUCGAAGAAAGGUGGAAGGUCCCCAGUAGAAAAUAAGAUAGGUGAGUUUUUUAUGCAUCAAAUUGCCCAUGAUACGUCCCCAGCUUAUGGAGAAGGAUUUAGAGCUGCUAAUAAAGCUGUGAAUACAUAUGGUCUACGUCGUACGCUGGAUCACAUUCAUAUGACUGGAACUCUUCCGGUGUGACCUGCUCAUUCUGUCCGGCAUUCAUUCAUUUUCUUCAAGAUUUCUCCGUUGGUCCUCGGCUAUACUAAACAAGUGAACAACCAACUUCAAUGUAAGAGAAAUACGACAGAAUUUCAUAUAUACACGUGUGAAAAAUUAGACAUGAGAUUCGUCUAUAUCACGAAAUAAAUGUAACAGUCCCUUCUGGUGAAAGUUUAUUGGCAAUAAGAAGGAUUAUCAUACCAUUAAUAUAA